AUGGCCUCGUACCCAACCGAAGGCGCGCGUCGGCGCGUGAAAGAGAACCAAAACCAGAACCAGAGCCAGGUCCAUUCUAAUGGCCAUACACGACACCAUUCCGGCGAAUUCAAGCGCCGUGAGUCGCGGUCAUGGAUAAGGAAAUUCAAGUACCGCGCCGUGAAGCACACGUGGUUGAUACCACUAAUCCUUAUCCUGGCAUUCCUAUCGCUUUACGCCCUUAACCCAACACCAAGUAACGUCAUUCACCGAUUUAUCUUCCUUUCCUACGAACAACCACCGCUCGAAGAUGGAGGACCGAUCCAAUACGGGAAAGGAUUAUGGGAUAUCGCCUUCGUCUCAUUCUACACGAUCGUUCUAUCGUUCACCCGCGAAUUCAUCAUGCAAGAGCUCCUCAGUCCUUUAGCGAAGUUAUGUGGGAUUCGCUCGGCGAGAAAACAAGCGCGGUUCAUGGAGCAGAUGUAUACGGCUAUUUAUUUCGGGUCUUCCGGUCUUGCGGGAUUGUAUGUUAUGUCUAAAACGCCUGUUUGGUACUUCCGGACUGUUGGGAUGUAUGAAUCUUUCCCGCAUAAGACGCAUGAGGCUGCGUUUAAGUUUUAUUAUCUGUUUGAGGCGGCUUAUUGGGCUCAGCAGGCUAUUGUCAUGCUGCUUGGUCUUGAGGAGAGGAGGAAGGAUUUCAAGGAGCUUGUUGCGCAUCAUAUUGUUACUUUAGCGCUGAUUGGGUUGAGUUAUCGGUUUCAUUUUACUUAUAUCGGGGUUGCUAUUUAUACGACUCAUGAUAUCAGUGAUUUCUUUCUUGCGAUUUCUAAAUCCCUCCACUAUACGGGUUCAGACCUGAUUAUCCCCUUUUAUGCGCUCAACGUCGUUGCAUGGAUCUAUCUUCGACAUUAUUUGAAUCUGCGGGUGCUUUACUCCUUGCUUACGGAGUUCAGAACUAUUGGUCCUUAUGAACUCAAUUGGGAGACGCAGCAGUAUAAAUGCUGGAUUUCGAAUAUCAUCACUUUCGCUCUGUUGGCUAUGCUGCAGAGUCUCAAUCUGUUCUGGCUGUAUUGUCUGGGACGCAGCUCGUGGAAGUUCCUUUCGACGGGUGAGAAGAAGGAUGAUCGCUCUGAUGACUCGGAGCCGGAAGAGGACGUUCAGGUUCAACAGAAUGGAUCUGCAAAGCAAUGA